ACUUUAUUCCAGUGACCCAGGCUUCUUUUGCUUUGAAUUAGACUGUAUAUUACAGCGAAUUUGACAUUUGAAGUAUAUGGAAGUGUUAAACUUAAAGUUGCUGCUGAAAACAUCUCAGUUAAAUGAAGUAUACAACAAUGAUUUACAACAAAAGUAUCUCACUUACUAUCCUGUAACACUUUGGAAGACUUUUGAAAGGAUUUUAUAAUGCUGGGAGAGAACGGACCGGACCGGACCGGAAGACUGAGCAGGGUGAGCUCCAUGUCUGAGUGGCUGAAAUCUGACAUUUUCAUCGUAUUUAUGGUGGUCCUGUCGCUCACAGUUAUUUCCAUCUUUGCGGUCUGCUGUCUCAUGAGGCGCCGUCGCACAUACAAAACAAGACAGAAAAUGGCAGAAAUCGAGAUCGUGCCUUUUGCAGGUUCAGGUAGAAACCAUAAACCCAGAUUCACCCUGAGGAUCAUCACAGAGCAGAAACAUGCCUCAGAGCUUGUUCAGAUGUUAACGAGCCAAAUCCGCUCCACUGCAGGUCCUGCAGGCUCGACUGGCCUUGGUGUCUCUGCUGUAACUGCUGAGGUUGCCUCUACUUCUCAAGAUCAACUGGAGAUAUGGUGUUGGUUCCAGCUCUUCAGCUCGCUCAGGUUCUCCUUCAGGAACAGCAGGUGUAUAGUAACUGACCUUGGUGUCUUGGUGUCUCUACCACAUUUAAAGCACCUGAAACCUACGACUACGAAAGAAAGGAGAAAUAAAGAGAAACACGUGAUUUAUAGGCAUCUGUUUUGUAUUUUUGAUGUAAAAGUCUGUUGAUGCUGACAACAAGACGACCUCUGUUCGAGUCCCACCUCACACAACUAUUACAUUAUGAAUUAAAUUUUAAUUAAAUGUUGAAAUAACUAAUAGUUGCUGCUGUUAAAAUGAGUAAAUAAUUCAUCACCACAGUUCACUUCUGUGUAGUUUGAUAAUGAUACUGGUGAUUUAAUUCAAUGUGUGAUCUGGCUUUUCUCUGUGUAUGUACUGUUAUGAAUAUGUCUUUUUAUAAAAUGUCUUUUACUGGA